AGUCCCUGCUGCCCGGUGUGGUCGCGAGAGAACGGAGCUAAACUGACUGAACUGCGCUCCGCACCGCCCGGAGAAAGAGCGCUGCAGCAAAGCUGGCUAGGGAGCAGAGACUCAUUGAGGGGAGAGGUCUGAGCCCUGGUCCGGAGCGGACUCUCUUGCUUGUCGACGGAACAUGCAACGGCUUUCCAAGUUUGUUGUUCGAUUCAACCUUAUAAUGUUAGUUAUUAGUUACCUUUAUUCUAGCCCACUUGAGUAAAAAUGUUCAGGCUCCGCUCGAUGUGGUCUUUUCUUGUGAUGCCCACAGCGGUUGGUCAAACUUACGUUCCAUUGUCUAAUUGUGUAGUUAUCAUAGGGCUUGCUCCAGCCGAAACACACAUUCGCACAAUCACACAUGUGGACUGAGACCAAACGAAAGGAGCUGAGUUUCGAUUCGGAAAUACUGCUCCGUGACAGCUCUAGUAAGCACUAAUAGUAGUAGGACCAGAGCGUUUUCCUCCGGCAUGUUCGGAAUGGAGGCGGCAGUGACAGUUCGGGCCAUGACCCCGCCGAUGCGCCAGAACCAGCGCACACAGUCGGAGUCGACCUGGGCGCAGUGGAGACGCAAUCGCGGUCGACGGGCCAACGAGCGCAAGCGGUCGGCACAGUCCGCACUGCCCACCAUCUUGCCGGACACCGAGUUCAACCCCGUCAGGCUGCUGGAAGGGAUGCAAGAGCUGCAGCGGAGCUCAGCCUCAGAUACGAAAAAGUCGCUGAAAGAAGUUCUGGGCGAGUACGUGGACCUGCCUCACUACAAAACCAAAGGCCUAACAUAUCUGGAAUUUCAGAAGCUGCUCAAUCAGUUCCUAAGCGCUGAUGUGGGCGACACCCUGACCCGUAGCUUAUUUGAUUCGUUCCGUGACGCACCGCCACCGGAUCGUAGAGUCAGCUCAGCAACACCGGACAAGGAUCAUUUGCUGCAGGGCACACGUGAGCAGUUCGAAGAGAAGGCGGCAACUCGCAGGAAAUCUCUGGCCUCGAACGAGUCGGAGGCGUCUGCUCUGAGUGCAUCUGCAACAGCUGCGGUUCUAAAUAGUGCAGCUGCCACCGGAGCGCUAUUCGUUGCAGUGUCGCCGACUGAUGAUGACAGUCAAGAUGCUGCUGACGAGACGGACGGUCGGUCGCGAGAGUCGUCUCAGCCGACACCCGACGCCGAUGAUCAAUCCAGAGGCGCUGCAUCCCUGGACCACGCGGCCAGGUCUGCGGCAGCCGGCGAACGGCGCGCCUGCUUGUCUGACAUCAUGUGCUAUCUGUCCCUACUGGAACAGGGAAAUCCCCAGUCUAAGCUUGAAUUCAUGUUCAAGCUGUACGAUGCCGACAACAGCGGAUUCAUUGAGAGUGCGGAGCUUCACCGCAUCCUGGAACAGAUGAUCACAGUGGCUGAGUACCUAGGCUGGGAUACGUCCGAUUUGAGACCUAUUCUGAUCGAUAUGCUUCAGGACAUUGACAGUGACUCCGAUGGUCGCAUCAGCCUGGAGGAAUGGAUUGAGGGCGGUCUGCACACCGUUCCAUUGCUGGUCCUGCUAGGAUUGGAAACGAAAAUGAAGGAUGGUAUCCACCAGUGGCAUCUGAAGCACUUCAGUCAUCCAGCGUAUUGCAACAUCUGCCGGCGUAUGCUUCUAGGUCUGGGCAAGCAGGGUCUUGUCUGCAGCUUCUGUCACUACACUGUCCAUGAGAGAUGCGUGGGCAGCGUCAAGGAGGCAUGCCUCAGCACCUAUAUGAAGAGUGCCAAGAAAAACCCCGUUAUGGAUCAUCACUGGACUGAAGGCAACAACCCGGGCAAAUGCGAGAAGUGCGGUAAAGCAGUCAAGGCAGUCAACGGCCUGACCGGUGUGAAGUGCUCCUGGUGCCACGGACUGUAUCACAACACGUGCGCAUCGCAAGCACCAGACGAGUGUGACCUUGGUGAAAAUCGAGUGCACAUCCUGCCGCCGGUCAGCAUAUUUCCCUCUGUUCUGUCAAGCACCAGUCACCAUAGCACUGCGGCGACGGCGGCGGCGGCUGUACCUACAGUAACUGACUCAUCCAAGUCCAAGUUCUCCUUUGAAAGCCUGGACAUGACAGUAUCGCCACUGCGUGGAACACAUCCGCUCAUUGUAUUUCUCAAUCCGAAGAGCGGGGGCAAGCAGGGCACGCGGCUAAUAUCAAAGUUUCAGUAUCUGCUCAACCCAAGACAAGUCUACGACUUAGGACAAGGUGGUCCCAUGCCCGGGCUCCGCUUUGUUGCGGGCAUAAAGGAUGCGCGGAUACUGUGCUGUGGAGGGGAUGGCACAGUCGGCUGGGUACUCGCAUGCCUGGAUGAGCUAGGUCUGGACUACAAAAUGCCGGUUGGUGUGCUGCCUCUCGGCACUGGUAACGACAUGUCAAGGUGUCUGGGGUGGGGAGGAGGGUAUGAAGGCGAAGAUCUCUGUAAGCUGUUGAAGAGACUCUCCGAGGCACCUUUGGUGAAUUUGGACAGAUGGAAGAUGACAGUUGAGCCCGAAGUCAGCAAUGGUUCAGCAAGUGAUAUGGGUGGUGACCCAGCACCGCUUGACAUCAUCAACAACUACUUCUCCAUUGGCGUGGAUGCCUCCAUAGCGAGAAAGUUUCACAACAUGCGCGAGACGUGUCCACAGAAGUUUAACAGCAGGACUCGCAACAAGAUGUGGUACUUGGAGUUUGGUGCCGGGGAGAUGUUUUCAGCAAGCUGCAAGGAUCUGAAUGAAUUCCUCACCUUGACUGUGGAUGGCAAGGUUGUGGACUUAUCGCACUAUUCCCUGGAAGGCAUAGCUGUGCUCAAUAUACCUAGCAUGUACGGUGGAUCCAACCUCUGGGGAACGGACGACAGCAGAACGCAGCGCCGCAGAGGCUGGUCUGCAUCUCGGGCGGUCAGCGUCGAUGAUGGCAGCCCUUCGACUGGAUCGUCUAGAUUCAGCCCGCAAGAGAUCUGCGACCAGCUGCUGGAGAUCGUCGGCCUGGAGAACUCGUUCCAUGUAGGCCAGAUCAAGGCUGGCCUGCGAGAUCAUGGACAACGCAUUGCACAGGGCCAUGAGAUUGUCAUUGAAACCCGACGUCGAUUCCCAAUGCAGGUCGAUGGUGAGCCUUGGCUGCAGGUGCCUUGCAAGCUUACAAUCAAACACCACAACCAAGUGCCCAUGCUACAUGCCCCACAGCGCCUGCAGAAGCGUAUCUCUGGCUUCAUUUUCCGGCCCCGCACCACCAGUGCUGUUAGCACGGCCGUGUAGAGUUUACCGCAGCUGCUGCCAUCCUCGCCUCCAGUGCCUCUCGUUUGGUGUCCUGGUUUCUCGGCAUAUGUUCAUCGGUGGAGACCAGAUCUCCUCUCUCAUGUUUUCGUAGUGGCGACUUAGUUACGACCCGCUUACCGCCGACCUUAUUAGCCGUGGACUGCAUUGAAGUAUACUGUACCAAUCUAAACACAUUGAACUGCCUCGCCACGGUCCGGCCUCGCGCGACUCCUUCUUCGGAUGAGCCAGAUCAUGUCGCGCAUUGCCAAGACGGCUGCCACGGCAUGCCAUGGGGACAUGCUCUGGCAAUGACGGCUGGCAAGCAGGCAGUUGUCCUCUCCCUAGCUUAGACAUAGACACACCGAGCCCAUAUGUACACUUGCCCUAUCAGGAGAGAGUGUCAUAUAGCAUACUACCACCACCAUUGCUGCUAUUACUAAUGGCCUCCGCUCACUUGGAGUUCGUUUCCGCCCCUUAGCUUGCCUGGUACCCGGCGCUACUCGAGGCAAACUGCAAAUCGCUCUCUGUACGUAUAUUACCCCUGAACUGAACCAAUGACCAAAAAAGGAAACCAGUCUAUCAACGAACACGGCUCUAUCCGCAAACGCUAUACGUGACGCGUUCGUGGAUAUGCCGGCCAUGCAACUGACAAUGGACUAGUUUUAAGUGUGGCGUAACCCUGGCAACGGUGACGCCAUACAUGCUGUUCUUGCACACAUUGAUACGACGUGGUGUGUCUACUAAUGUGCUCUGUGCAUUCUUGAGGUUAUUUCUAUUAUUAUUAUUACUACUAAAACUGCUGUUCAUAGGACCCUCUCUUUAUCAACUGAUCUUGAAACGUGGCAUUAGAUUUUACGGCAUCAAUUCGAACCUGAAAGAAUGUUAUCAACCGGAUAUUGUGUAGCUCUCGACGUGUAUGCGCAUGGUUGCCACUGCUAACAAGCACUAUAAUUUCACAAAUGUUCGGUGUACUUUUAUUUUCGGUACUUUCGGUGCAUCUGCUUCAUACCUAAAAUUUCAAUACACCGAACGAACACUAACACACAUAAUCCAAUAGGCAACAGCUUCCCUGUACCGAAAAUUUCUGUUCACCUAACCAGUUACCUGGCCUUCUGCCCUCAUACCGAAAAUAUUGAGAACCGAAAAUUUCUGAAAUUAGAGUAACAGUGUGA